GGAGUAAAAACCGUUCAAAAGCGAAGGCAUGCAAGAUCCUGAUGGAGCACGUCCAGGAAAGAGAGAUGGUCUAAAGCUCGGCUGUUCUGAGAUGUCCUACAGUGAAGGUGACAGACAGACUAAGCGGAUUGUAUUGAUUGGAAGAAGCGGAUCUGGGAAAAGCUCCACAGGUAAUACCAUUCUAGGAAAGGACGAUUUCAAAUCUUGCUAUGGAGCUUCAUCCGUGACGGAGAAAUGUCAGGAAGCUAGAACUUUCCGGUUUGGACAGCAGAUCCUGGUAAUCGAUACUCCGGGAGUGUUUGAUACAAAGGUACCAAACAAGCAAAGCCUGGAAGAAAUAUCCAAGUGCAUCAGUCUGUCCUUGCCUGGACCUCACGUAUUCCUUCUGACCAUUUAUGCAGGGAGGUUUACUCAAGCGGAAAACGCCACUGUCAAACAUUUUGCUGAAGUUUUUGGAGAAGAUAUGUUCAAACAUACGAUCUUGGUCUUCACCGGAAGAGACUUGCUGGAAGAACAAGACACGUCCUUUGAGGAGUAUUUAAAGACGAUACCACCUUCACUAGAGGAAAUACUAGGGAAAUGCAAGAAACGUUGUAUUGUAAUCAAUAAUUGUCUGAAAAACGAUUCCAGUGACAACGAUGCUAGGAAUAUGAUGGAAAUGAUCAAUAAACUUGUAGAAAGCCAUCAAGACUUCUGCUACACCAAUGAGAUGUUUAAGGCAGUAGAAAUGAAACUUCAGGAAAGCAAAAUACGGCGUCAGAAAGACGAGGAAAAACAUAAAGAAGUAGAUGAAUUGAAAAAGGAGUUGCAGCACUGCAGAGAGGAGUUUAACAAUUUCAAACAUCAGCGGCACCAUUGCUGGAAUAUCGACCACUUAGCAGCAGAAACAGUAAAGAAGGAAAUGAGAAGAUGUGAAAAAGAGCUACAGCAAUACAGGGUUGAAAAUAUCGAACAUCAGCGUCAACCAGUCAGCUUAUUUCCAAGGGAUAUUGACGAAGUCCUUCUCUCAAUUGGAUUUCGGGAAUAAAGGACAUUUUGAAUAAUUUGUUGACAGUUUGUAAACUGUUGCUUCUGCUAAGUUCCAUCCCUCCUCCUAUAAUCCAUGUUCUUAUUUGCUGUAUCUAUAACUUUAUUUUUUACGCUGGUCUUAAAUAUUUGACUUUGUGACUUUAUGAGUUAUCAUUGUGACUUCAAUGAUUAUUAUUUACACUGUCAGAAUUUACAUACUUGUGAAUGUGAAUAAACUACCGUGUAACAA